UUUUUUCGUUUAACUAUUUUAAUUUUAAAAUUUAUUUUUCAGUUUUUAUAUAUAUGACAGAUUUUAAAAGAUUAUUUGCACAUAGCUCCCUUAAUAAAUUUCGAAUUAAAUAUAUUUAUUGUGCAAUGAUGAAUGAGGUGUUGCCUGGACUUUAUGUUGGAGGUUUGAGGUUGUCAUAA